CUUGGGGACAAGAUGGCGGCUUACCUGCAGUGGCGCCGCUUCGUGUUUUUUGACAAGGAACUGGUAAAGGAGCCGGCGGUGAGCGAUGGUGCCGGGCCUGGAUCUGGGCCACCCAGGCCUCUCAGCCUCCCUCCGGGCAUCACCGUCUGCGAUUCGGGCCGGGGGAGCUUGGUCUUUGGGGACAUGGAAGGACAGAUCUGGUUUCUGCCCCGCUCCCUGCAACUCACGGGCUUCCAGGCAUACAAGCUCCGGGUCACCCAUUUAUAUCAGCUGAAACAGCACAACAUCCUGGCCUCCGUGGGAGAGGACGAAGAGGGCAUCAAUCCCCUGGUGAAGGUCUGGAAUCUGGAGAAAAGAGAUGGUGGGAAUCCCCUCUGCACCCGCAUCUUCCCCGCCAUCCCGGGGUCAGAGCCAACUGUGGUGUCCUGUUUGACGGUUCAUGAGAAUCUCAACUUUAUGGCUAUUGGCUUUACAGAUGGUAGUGUUACCCUUAAUAAGGGUGAUAUUACCAGGGACCGGCACAGCAAGACCCAGAUUUUGCACAAAGGCAGCUAUCCUGUCACUGGGUUGGCCUUCCGCCAGGCAGGCAAGACUACCCACUUGUUCGUGGUGACCACAGAGAAUGUGCAGUCCUACAGUCUGUCUGGAAAGGACUACCCUCGGAUAGAGUUAGACACCCAUGGCUGUGGCCUGCGCUGCUCAGCCCUAAGUGACCCUUCCCAGGACCUGCAGUUUAUUGUUGCUGGGGAUGAGUGUGUUUACUUAUAUCAGCCUGAUGAGCGUGGCCCUUGCUUUGCCUUCGAGGGCCAUAAGCUCAUUGCCCACUGGUUCCGUGGCUAUCUUGUUAUUGUUUCCCGGGACCGCAAGAUUUCACCCAAGUCAGAGUUCACCAGCAGGGACUCACAGAGCUCCGACAAGCAGAUCCUCAACAUCUAUGAUCUGUGCAACAAGUUCAUUGCCUACAGCUCCGUCUUUGAGGAUGUGGUAGACGUGCUGGCCGAGUGGGGCUCUCUGUAUGUGUUGACUCGGGAUGGGCGAGUCCAUGUGCUUCAGGAAAAGGACACCCAGACUAAACUGGAGAUGUUGUUCAAAAAGAAUCUGUUUGAGAUGGCAAUCAACUUGGCCAAAAGCCAACACCUGGAUAGUGAUGGUUUGGCACAGAUCUUUAUGCAGUAUGGGGACCACCUCUACAGCAAGGGAAACCAUGAUGGCGCUGUCCAGCAGUAUAUCCGAACCAUUGGGAAGUUGGAGCCAUCCUAUGUGAUCCGAAAAUUCUUGGAUGCCCAGCGCAUCCACAACUUGACUGCCUAUCUACAAACCCUGCACCGGCAAUCACUGGCCAAUGCUGACCACACCACCCUGCUGCUCAACUGCUACACAAAGCUCAAGGACAGCUCCAAGCUAGAGGAAUUCAUCAAGACAAAGAGUGAAAGUGAAGUACACUUUGAUGUAGAAACGGCCAUCAAGGUCCUUCGGCAGGCCGGCUACUAUUCCCAUGCCCUGUACUUGGCUGAGAACCACGCUCACCAUGAGUGGUACCUGAAGGUCCAGCUAGAGGACAUCAAGAACUAUCAGGAGGCAUUACAGUAUAUUGGAAAGCUGCCCUUUGAGCAGGCAGAAAGCAACAUGAAGCGGUACGGCAAGAUCCUCAUGCAUCAUGUGCCAGAACAAACCACCCAACUGCUGAAGGUCCUGUGUACUGACUAUCGGCCCUGCGCAGAGGCUGCUGCUGAGAGCGAUGGACCUGGGUGCAGGGCCAAUUCUGAGGAAUUCAUUCCUAUUUUUGCCAACAACCCAAGGGAAUUGAAGGCCUUCCUAGAGCAUAUGACUGAGGUGCAGGCAGACUCAUCCCAGGGUGUCUAUGAUACUCUGCUAGAGCUGAGACUACAAAAUUGGGCUCAUGAGAAGGACCCACAGGUCAAGGAGAAGCUCCAUGCUGAGGCACUCUCUCUCUUGAAGAGUGGCCACUUUGCCAAUGUCUUCGAUAAGGCCUUGGUUCUUUGCCAGAUGCAUGAUUUUCAAGAUGGGGUCCUAUACCUCUAUGAGCAAGGAAAGCUAUUCCAGCAGAUCAUGCAUUACCAUAUGCAGCAUGAGCAGUACCGACAGGUAAUCGCUGUUUGUGAACGGCAUGGGGAGCAGGAGCCCUCUCUAUGGGAGCAAGCGCUCAGUUACUUUGCCCGAAAGGAAGAAGACUGCAAGGAAUAUGUUGCUGCUGUGCUUAAACACAUCGAGAGCAAGAACCUCAUGCCACCCCUCUUAGUGGUACAGACCUUGGCUCACAACUCAACUGCCACGUUGUCUGUCAUCAAGGAUUAUCUGGUACAGAAGCUGCAAAAGCAGAGCCAACAAAUUGAGAAAGAUGAGCUUCGGGUGCGAAGGUACCGGGAAGAAACCACCCGAAUACGCCAAGAGAUCCAGGAGCUGAAGACCAGCCCAAAGAUUUUCCAGAAGACAAAGUGCAGUAUCUGCACCAGUGCCCUGGAGCUGCCCUCUGUCCACUUUUUGUGUGGCCAUUCAUUCCACCAGCACUGUUUUGAGAGCUACUCAGAAAGUGAUGCUGACUGCCCCACCUGCCUCCCCGAGAACCGCAAGGUUAUGGACAUGAUCCGGGCCCAGGAGCAAAAGCGGGAUUUGCACGAUCAAUUUCAGCAUCAGCUCAAGUACUCCAAUGACAGCUUCUCUGUUAUCGCUGACUACUUUGGACGUGGUGUCUUCAACAAGUUGACCCUGCUGACUGAUCCACCUGUGGGCAGAGUGGGCACCAGCCUGGAGGCUGGUCUGCAGCGAGACCUGCUCAUGCACUCCAGGCGGGGUACCUAAGGACACUUUGAUCAGAGGAGUGACAUUGGAAGGCCGAUCAAGCACGGAUGUAGGAGGAAACAAAUAACAAGGGGCUUCAGGGACUAAUUUUAUGAACAAAGAUGCUUCCCCAAUGGGAGGUCCCAAUGAACAGUUGGAAGAGCAACUGCCCCUCUCCCCCUGCUUCAUCUCUGACUUAACACUUAGGAGUGGAGAUUUGCUUUCUCACUGUCUCCUUUGCCCUUACUUAGCCUGCCCCUUGCCAGUGCUGAUUGCUGCCCUCAGAGGAUGGGGAAUUUCAUCGGAGCAAGGGAAGCCACCCAAAUAAGCCCUCUGCAUACAUGGACCAUAGCUGCUUUCCUCUUAGCCCAGAACACCAGUUUCUGCUUGAGUCCAAGCAUCUAGUUUGUAAAUAAAAAGACAGGACACCUUUGGAGGGAAGAUGACUUAUUUGGGGCCUUUCUGGCCCUUCCUGAUGUGCUUGCCCAGUGCACUCGUCCCACCUCUUGCAGCCACAUUUUCCCCCAGAAAUACUCAACGGGUAUGGUGCUACUCUACCUCAUUCCUGUGCUUAAUGGUCUCUUGGCUUCUCAAACAAGGUGAAAUGUGAGACAUCCGUAGCUUGAGGUCCAGGGGUGUGCAGAAACUAGCACCCAAGACAACUUGCUCUGUCCCUUGGUAAAUAUUUUAGGCAUCAUUCCCAUGGAGAUCCUCUGGGGCUGAGGCUGUGGCAAGGGGGCUAGGAGAUGUGUUAGCUGCACACUGAAAUGGGAGGGGGGAGCAUAGGGAAUAAAUGAUUCUUUAAAAACUCUAUAAUUCAUCUUUGAAAGGGUCAGUUUAAGUUUGUGCUAUCUUAUGAAAAUCAAGCUGCUCUUAUCUCAUCCUAUCAGUAUUAACAGCUGUGAAUGAGUUGCAUAUAGGUUAUCAGCAUGUGCUGGUUUUGAGGAUGGGGUGCAUUGUAAUAGUAACUAGCCUGAAAGUCAGACUGGAGUUUUAGGUAGGCUCCCUCCACUGUUUACGGACCUAGCUGUGACUGGGCAAGUCACCACCUCUGCCUGCUUCAUCAACGAUAAAAUGAGGAUAAUAGCACCUACCUCUUGGGUUUGUGAACAUCAAAUGAGAGAUGUUUUUAAAGCACUUAGCAAAGUGCCUGGCACAUGGUAGUCCAUUAAUAAAUUGUCUACCCCCAUCCUUCUUUCUUCCCUCCCUCCCACUCACCUUGGACAAGUUAUCUACCCUUGAAGUAGUAUAAUGUGAUCUUUGGACUAGUCAGGAAACCUAUUGCCAGAGACUUUGAGCAUCAUUUUUUUCCUUCCUUUGUAAAAACGGGUAAUUUUCCUUCAUAAGUUUUUUGGUUCAUCUGUAGUACUUAUAUUCUUGGUGCCUAACACAUAAUAAGCACUUAAUAAAGGAUUACUAAUUCUUCACUACAAAAUUAA